AUGGGAUCACAGCGCGGAGGUACCUUUAAUGAAAGUUUACCAAGCCAGGCGGGCGUAGCCAAGACCAUGGACACCGUGAGCUACGGCACCGUGGGCCAAAGGUGCUGGGUAUGCAGCGUAAGAAAUGGGGGCAACGGCGUGAGCGAGAGGACCGCUGUGAGCAACAGACGAGCUGUGCGCAGAGUAGGACACGCUGGGUGCUGCGUGUGCCGUUACGAGGGGAGCGGCAUGAACGCCAUAUGCCAGGGGACCAGCGUGGGCUCCGUAUGCCAGACGAGGGGCGUAAGCGCCAUAGGUUGCCAGGGGAGCGGUGGCAUAAGCAGCGGGAGCGACGCGGAGGGCUGGUGCGGCGACGAGGGCAGGUGCGGCGUGAGCUACCACGGCGGGGUCCCUGCGCACGACGGCGUUGAAGCCGGUGUGAGCGUCAGCCGCGUAGUCUACUGUGCGGCGGUGGCCGUCGGAAUCCAGCAGCGAGUACCGGCCCACCACGCUGUCGCCGACGCGAGUCUCUUGCUGACUCUUCACAUCGCCGGUGUGAGGGUCGGCCACGCCGUAGGAGAAGCUGCUGUAUUCACCAUGGCUACCGCUUCCUUGCGCAGCCGCAACGAA